GGAAACUGGGGCAGUGAGCCCGAGAUGCAGCCGACGUACGACACAGAAAGGAGAAAUAGGGACAGCAAAGAAUAAACUGAAAAGGGACCUUUUCUUUCGAGGGGGUUGGGAUGGAUACCGAAUAAAAUAUUUCAAUGUUUGAGGGACUAACCAAUAUAACUGAUCAGGAGGAAGAAUAAUUCCCAGGAAUUUGGGAGAAACUCGCAGGAGCUGCUACCUCAUCAGUUUCAGCCUUUGGAGUUUAAUAUUGGUGUUCGAACAAGGUUUCGACUGUCAAACUGGAUCAUUUUCCCCAAUAAUAUUUCCAUUUCGCCAAUUACUUGAGGAAAAGAGAAAUUCAGUGUAACGAAGGAGUUUCCUAUUCAACUCUCGGGAAUCCAUUUCCGGUCCAGUUUCUGAAACAAUGGGGUUCAGCUCUGAUCUCUGGUGUCCCCAGGGACACACCAUGCUACUACGAUUACAGGAUUCAGAGGUCCGGUUGAUGGAGACCAUGAAGAAAUGGAUGAACUAUCGAGUGAGGAGUGACAAGGAAUACUCAGGGUUACUUCAUCAAAUGCUCUCUCAAGUCGAGAAACAAGAGAGCAGCCAGCAGGCUGGAGGACUUGAUUACAUCAGUCAGGUCAACAAGUCCUGGUCAAUGAUUGUUAAUCAGACUGAGGUUUUGAGCCGAAUGAUGCGGAAACAUUCAGAGGAUCUGAACUCUGGGCCAAUUAACAAACUAACACUUUUAAUCCGUGAUAAACAACUGCUGAAGAAGAACUACAGUGAACAGUGGCAGCAGAUUAACCAGGAGGUGAUCAAGAAUACACAGAGCGAAAUUGAGAAGCUGAAGUCACAGUAUCGGCAACAAGCCAAAGAGAUGAACGCAGCAAAGCGGAAGUUCCAGGAGGCCAGUAAAGACAAAGACCGGGACAGAAUGAGGGACAAAUAUGUCAAAACGACCAUGAAGAUGCACCUACUCCACAAUCAGUACAUACUUGCUCUCAGAUCUGCAGAGGCCCAUCACCAGCACUAUUACCACCAUGGUUUGCCAGGACUGCUCAACAGUCUGCAAGAACUGCAUGAAGAGAUGGUUUACAUUCUGAAAGAGAUUUUGCAGGAAUAUCAGGAGAUCAGCAGCCUGAUCCAGGAGGAAGUGGUGACUGUUCAUCGGGAGAUCAGUGAUGCUAUUGAGGCCAUCGACCCACGCAAAGAAUAUGACAGCUUCAUUGAGCAAAACAGGUCUGUGGCUGAGGUCCCACCACUUGCCAGCUUUGACACUAGCCUCCUUGAGGACUUGGACAAUUUGCAGGUGGGAGAGUUGGAGCUCAACGAUUUGACCAUUGAAUCAAUGCAACACAGUCUAACAUCUCUGGAGGAAGAGUUGCAAUCUCUGAAAGAAACCAUUGAUAACCGACAGGCAACCAUCAGACAGAUCUCCACAGAAAUAACAGCAGAGGAGCAAUCAAGUGGCUGUAGAUCACGUGUUUACAUCUUCAGCAAGAAAUGUGCUUUGGAGGAGAGCAGACAACAGGUCCAGGUCCUUCUGUGCAACAAGGGGAGGCUGGAGGCACAGCGUCUGAUUCUGGUGCAGAAGCUGAAAGAGCUGGGAGAUAAGGAGCCUCCACCAGCACUGCAGUUGGAGGAGGACAGAUAUUCCAACUCCUCAGUUGGAAAAGAUAGUGUCAAAGCCUCAUCUUUGGAAGCCCUGAAGACACAUUUUUCAGGACUGUUCAAACCAAAGUUCAGUCUCCCUCCCCUCCUGCCAAUUGUACCAGCUGUUCAGAAGCCUCUGUGCCAGCAGACCUGGUAUCAUGGUGCUAUUCCCCGCAUGGAAACUCAGCAGCUCCUGAUCAAUGAAGGUGACUUCCUGGUGAGAGAGAGCCAGAACAAAGGAGAGUACGUUCUGUCCGUGAUGUCUGCUGGACAGUGCCGCCAUUUUAUCAUUCAACAUGUAGAUUCCCAGUAUCGAUUUGAUGGUGAGAGCUUUCCCACAAUCCCUCUCCUCAUUGACAACCUUGUAAAAACGAGACAACCUGUCACCAAGAAAACUGGAGCUGUACUAAUCAAACCAAUUGUUAAGGAUAAAUGGGUACUGGACCAUGAAGAUGUCCUGAUAGGAGAUCGCAUCGGGCGAGGUAACUUUGGUGAGGUGUUCAGCGGGAGGAUGAGGAAUGACAACACUCUGGUGGCUGUGAAGAUGUGCCGUGAAAAUCUGCCUGCUGAUCAGAAGAAUAAGUUCUUGAUGGAGGCCAGAAUCUUGAAACAGUAUGAUCAUCCGAACAUUGUCAGGCUGAUAGGAGUCUGUACUCAGAAACAGCCCAUUUACAUCGUCAUGGAGCUGGUGCAAGGAGGGGAUUUCUUGACAUUUUUACGCAACGAAGCAAAUCAUUUUAGCACAAAAGACCUGAUAAAGAUGGCAGAGAAUGCUGCUGCUGGGAUGGCCUAUUUGGAAAGCAAGCACUGUAUCCAUAGAGAUCUGGCAGCCAGGAACUGCCUGGUUUCAGAGAAAAAUGUUCUGAAAAUUAGUGAUUUUGGGAUGUCUCGUGAGGAAGAGGAUGGAGUAUACUCCUCAACUGGAGGAAUGAAACAAAUUCCAAUCAAGUGGACGGCACCUGAGGCACUCAAUUACGGACGGUUCACGACUGAGAGCGACAUCUGGAGUUAUGGGGUACUGCUAUGGGAGACAUUCAGUCUAGGUUCAACACCAUACCCAACCAUGACAAAUCAACAAACUCGAGAGGAGGUUGAACAAGGCUAUCGACUCAGUGCUCCUGAUUCUUGCCCAGAUGAGAUUUACAGUAUUAUGUGUCGCUGUUGGCAGUAUGAUCCAAAGAAGCGCCCAAAUUUCAGCACCAUUCACCAGGAGCUUGUGGCUCUCAGGAAAAAAUGGAAGUGAAACUGAAAACAAUUUCUUUUGUAAACCAUGUUCCAACUGCCCUCAGUGUAUCGACAUUAACAAGAUUGGGAGUAACACCAUAUGUUUAACCUAUCACCUGAGGGAUGGCUAGCCUCGUUAGCUAUGCUCAUAUCCAAAGAAUGAAUUAAUAAAAUAUUUCCAUCAUGUUUUUUUUUUAAUGUAGACCAUCCAAACACUUCCUGUUUCAAGUAGGCAGCAUCAACUUCACACAGGGAAUGGAGAGAGACUAACACUCCCUUUACGCUGACCUAACACUUUGUUUCUGAUGAAAUGCCAAUGACACUGGCUUGAUAUUUGGCCAGUCUUCCAUCCCUAGUAGGAACUGGAAUGAGACCACCUACACAAAAUGCUCUUAACAGACAAGGGGAAUUUUUUAAAAAAUAAUUCAUCAGAUGUGAGCUUUACUGGCUGGGUCAGCAAUUAAUGUUCAUCCCUAAUUGCCCAUGGAGGAGGUGGUGGUGGUGGUGAGGUGCCUUCUUGAACCACUGCAGUCUAUUUGGUUUAAGUAGCCAUGCAAUGCUGUUAGGGUGGGAGUUCCGGGGUUUUGACGUGGUGACACUGAUGGAACAGCAGUAUAUUUCCAAGGAUGGCGAGUGGCUUGGAGGGAAACUCUUCCCCCCCACCCCAUGUUCCGAUUGAAGGGGUCGUGGACUUGGCAGGAAAGAUUACUCAGUGUAUACACCAACUGAUGUUGGAAUAAGACCACAUAAAGAUUCAGUCACCAAUUAGCACUGUACAACAGUGUCUCUCAGGGUUGAAUUUAUUAAUGAUAGCAAAAGAAAUCUCCUCACCAAUGUUUCCAUUCCCCAGCAUGAAGUCUUUACUACAAGAAGCAAUUGGAUAUAAAUAAAAAAGGAUUUCUUAUUAUUUUGGAAAAAUUUUGAGUAUUAUGGUAAUUUUCUUCCCGUUUGCUAACACAGAAAAGGCCCAAGCAAAAUAGAAUCACAGAAUUGUUACAGCAUAGAAGAGGCUGUUCAGCCUAUCAUGUCUCUGCUGGUUUUCCAAAUGAGCAUCUCACUGAAUGCCAUUCUUAUGUUUUUCUGUUUAAUGUCCUCCCUCCUGCACUUUUAUCCAAACUGCUUUUUCUACUCCUGACUGGGAGCUACAGGUAACAAUCCCAAUCUGUUACCUCAUCCUGAUUGGUCACAGGGCUUCACACUUAAAGGCUACUUAACUCAUCUACCCCACUGCCCCAUUUAACAGCACUGGUAGUCAAUGGGAAUCACUGGGCUAAUGGUCAAACAGCUGAACCAGAGACAAAGUUUAUCAUUGGCACACAGGUGCGUGCACACACAAACACGCCCAUUGCUGUAUCACCUGUUGGACUGCAGUUUGAGCCUGGGAUCUUUCAGGUUUACCAGCUCGCACUUGUAAGCAGCUGAACCACUGUCCUUGGGAUAAUUAGUAGACCACCCUCAUUAAAAUGGGAAAGGUUUCCCAUUGCCUAACCUGGCUGCAGACAAUUCUAAUGUCCAUGCUAACUGAAGAUGAAUUAUUUUGGAACUAAUUAUCCCCUGUGUUUGAAUUGAAUCCUUUAAGGGAUGUUGAAACUAUGGCCUCAGACCAAUUGCCACCCUUCAACCCUAGCAAAGCAAUCCAAGCAGCUUUGUUAAAUUUGUGCUUAGGUUGCUUGAACUAUUUGGAUUUUAAGGUGCUGUAGGUUUGAAAAGAUUAGUUCUUAAUUCCAUUUAGCUCAUUGAUGUUAAAAUCAGAACAUAGAUCUGUUUGUAUCUAUUGGAGUUUUAUGGGAACAUGACUGAAACUUGGUGGCGUCCUAAUUAUUUUUGUUCUUUCGUGGGAUGUGACUUUACGUGUUGCUGGCUAGGCCAGCUUUUAUUGCUCAUCAGAAGGUGAUGGUGAGCCACCUUCUUGGAACUGCUGCAGUCAUGUGGUCUCUGGCAUGCUCUGUGUCAAUUUGGGAUAUGGUGACAAACCUCAACUGCCCCUGCCAUUGUAUUCUACUGUGAAAAUGUACCACAGAAAUAUCUAUCAAGUACUGCUGUUUUAAUGAAGCUUAAAUUGGACUAUAAAUUAUUUAGCUUUUACAUGAAAAUGGUUUUUUAUAGUGUAAAGUGAAAUAAACAGCAAUGGUCUAAUUAA